AUGGAAAUAUUAUCAACUAGACCCACAGAAAUGCGCCCCACAAACCUAACUAUGCAAAUCAAACCAUCUGUAUGCAAAGCAGCUAUGGAACGAGCACAUUUCGUAUCUUCGAUACUGCUGUCUAAUACCAUGUCGUUAGCCCCGAAAGUUGAUGAAAUUGCUAUAUCCCUCAUCUCAAACAAAAUAGACGUAGCGUUCUUUAGUGAAACGUGGUUAAAAGAUUCGAUACCUGACGAUGCCAUCAAUAUUACAGGUUAUGAAGGCGAGACCGCCAACAUAAAUCCCAUGGAG